UGUGCCCGUUCAGAGGUGCGCUCGCCAUCUGACGCCCCAGCCCUAUGCCAGCUGCUGAGAUGCCUGUGGCUGCUACCAACUCCGACUUGGCCAUGCAGCAGGUGCUGGACAACCUGAGCGACCUGCCCAACUCCACCGGGGCGGCCGACCUGGAUCUCAUCUUCCUCCGCGGCAUCAUGGAGAGUCCAAUAGUAAGAUCCUUGGCUAAGGCUCACGAGCGCCUGGAGGAGACCAAGCUGGAGGCCGUGAGGGACAAUAACGUGGAGCUGGUGCAGGAGAUCCUGCAGGACAUCGCCCACGUCGCCGGGAGCAACAGCGCGGCCGCCGAGCUGGCAGGCAUCCUGCAGGAGCCCCACUUCCAGUCUCUCCUGGAAACCCACGACUCGGUGGCCUCCAAGAGCUACGAGACGCCCCCACCCAGCCCCCUCCUGGACCCCAUGUUCAACAACCAGCCGGUGCCGCCGGAUGCCGUGCGCAUGGUGGGGAUCCGCAAGACGGCCGCAGAGCACCUGGGCGUGACCUUCCGGGUGGAGCGGGGCGAGCUGGUGGUCGCCCGCAUCCUGCACGGCGGCAUGAUUGACCAGCAGGGCCUGCUGCACGUGGGCGACGUCAUCAAGGAGGUGAACGGCAAGGAGGUGGGCAACGACCCCAAGGUGCUGCAGGAGAUGCUGAAGAACGCCACCGGCAGCGUGGUUCUCAAGAUCCUACCCAGUUACCAGGAGCCUCCCCUGCCCCGGCAGGUGUUUGUGAAGUCCCACUUUGACUACGACCCGGCCAGCGAUAACCUCAUCCCCUGCAAGGAGGCAGGGUUAAAAUUCACGGCCGGGGACCUGCUGCAGAUCGUCAACCAGGACGACCCCAACUGGUGGCAGGCCUGCCAUGUGGAGGGCGGCAGCGCCGGCCUCAUCCCAAGCCAGCUGCUGGAGGAGAAGCGGAAGGCGUUUGUGAAGCGCGACCUCGAAGUCCCCCCCACAUCCGGUGCCCUGUGCGGCAGCAUCAGCGGGAAGAAGAAGAAGAGGAUGAUGUACCUGACCACGAAAAAUGCAGAGUUUGACCGGCACGAGCUGCUGAUCUACGAGGAGGUGGCCCGCAUGCCCCCGUUCCGCAGGAAAACCCUGGUGCUGAUCGGGGCCCAGGGCGUCGGGCGGCGCAGCCUCAAGAACAAGCUCAUCAUGUCGGACCAGGCGCGCUACGGGACCACCAUCCCGUACACUUCGCGGAAGCCCAAGGACCAGGAGAGGAUCGGCCAGGUCUACUGCUUCGUGUCGCGGGGGGAGAUGGAGGCGGACAUCAAGGCUGGCCGCUACCUGGAGCACGGGGAGUAUGAGGGGAACCUCUACGGCACCAAGAUCGACUCCAUCCAUGAGGUGGUGGAGUCCGGCAAGAUGUGCAUCCUGGAUGUGAACCCGCAGGCCGUGAAAGUGCUGAGAACAGCCGAAUUCGUCCCCUACGUGGUCUUCAUCGAAGCCCCGGACUAUGAGACGCUCCGAGCCAUGAACAAGGCGGCACUGGAGAGCGGCGUGGCCACGAAGCAACUCACGGAGGCGGAUCUGAAGCGGACGGUGGAUGAGAGCUGCCGCAUCCAGCGUGGCUACGGGCACUACUUCGACCUCAGCCUGGUCAACGACAACCUGGAGUGGACAUUCCAGCAGCUGCAGGAGGCCCUGGAGAGGCUGCGGGCAGAGCCCCAGUGGGUCCCCGUCAGCUGGGUUUACUAGGACGACAUGCUGGGAGGGAAGGCCUCCCCACCCUGCCCCCACGCGGAGGGCACUGCCGACCCGCCUCCCCUCCGCCCUCCCUCCUGCACAAACCACGACGUCUCAAAACCAAGAAACCCGGAUCCCCUGCCUGCGUCCCAGGCCUGUCUUCGGGGGAAUGGGGGGCGGCGAGGCAGGGAACUGGGUGCUUGUUGAACGUCCCCUUCCCCCUCCCCCAGAGUUUUACCCAACUUUGCCAGAGUUAGAGAGUUUCUUGCGGGCAUUCCUGAGGGGCACCCCCAGUGGAGGACCCUUCUCUGCCCUGGACACAUGGCUGGGGGGCAGUGACCCCCCCAUUUCCUCCCAGGAAGGGUUAGGGUGGCCAUGGGGAGGGUUGAGAGAGCAGCCCAAGGCAGGGCAGUGCCCAGGAUACCAAGCACAGCCACUUUAGUGCCCAGAGUGGGCACCGGGUCCCCCUUCAAGCCAGCCCCAGGGCUGUGCCUGGGGCCAGAUCCCAGCAGCCAGCAGAGGGAGGUGGGCAUGAGGAGGGCAGCGUGAAGCAUGCCGCCGGAGGUGCACAGAUCUGGGGAUGGCAGCUGGCACCUCCCUCCAUCCCUGCGCAUUUCUCCCUUCCUCACCCAGCUGCCCGCUCCAUGCCCAGGCUCCAUCCGCCUUCCCAGUCCAGCCUGAGCUGAGAGGUGCCUGCCACCACCUCCAGCAGCUCCCUGCAAGACCCCUUUGCAGUCUGGAGGCAGCUCGGGGCAUCUGUCCCCACUGGCCUAGGCCAGGGGAAAUCUCGACAGGGACCAACCGGCUCAGGAACAGAGGCGUUCCUGGCCGGCUUUCUUCAUCGUUCCCCACAAGGCCAGCGGGGUGGGGACGAGGGUGUGGGGGGGUUCGGAGCCCAUCACCUCCCUGGGCUAGAGCAUCAGAUUCUCCCUUAACCCGUCUCUGGGGUUCGGGGCAGGAGGCAUGUCCACUGAUGGGCUCGGUGGGCUUCUUGGAUAAACCUUGGAGGCUAACUCACUAAUUCCCCACCGAGAAUCCGCAGCUGCUCCCCAGCAAAGACUGAUUUGUUAUUUCGGGGCUGGCUGGCCGGGGGAAGAGGGGGGGAGAAUUUCGGAGGAAACGACUGGCAAGUUUGGUGCCGCGGGAGAUCAGGCCCAUCCCAGGACCACCGGAGGACAAUACAAAAAUCAGCAGGGUUCCGAUGCCCUACCUGAAAGAGACGAAGCCACCCCAUGCCCUGCCUCACCUGCUCCCACCGAAAACCCGUGAUGGAUUCGUCCGGAGUGGGCCCCUGCUCUGGAUGACCCAGAGCCCCGGGGCAGAAGCACAGAAGGAAUCUUCUGGGGAGAUCUGCACCAAGCAACACAGCUGUCUCACUGCCGACAAUUCAGCUCACUUUACAGACCAAACCCCCGGCUCUGAGCCGGAUGGAUUAUUCCCCCCUCCCAAUCUGAACGUUUGCAAAUGUCCCAGCGACGGUCCAAAAUGCUGCCCUGUCUCUCCCCCCCACCCCAGACCUCGGUUUGCCCACCCCAACUUUUCACAGGGCUGUAGGCUCCACUUUUUGCCCCCCGCCCCAGCUUUGCAGGAUAGAAACGAUCACGUCUAACGUUCUAUAUACUAACGCAACUUUGCCCUGCUCGUGGAAUUUUUCUGAACCGGUGCCCUGGAGACGCUCAGCCAAAUGCAGGAGGAGGGGAGGCGGUAAUCCUGAAAAUGGGGGGCCAGCUGGCUCUGCGGUUUAGGGUCGGGUUUGUUGCUCAAAAACCAUUCGAAAAAAGAUCCGUAAAAAUAGGAGGGGGGCAGCGGUUGUGUGUGGACAGCAUACAGCCUGGUCUGCCUGCGUGGGUGUGAGAGCCGAGGCGGGAAGGACAGGUGCCUUCUGAUCUGAUCACCAGACGGGUUUGUUAGUAACCCGGCAAGGGGCGGGAGGUUCUUUAUUUAUUUUCUUGGUAAUGACUUGCAUAUUUCUUUAGCCGAAUCCACGCGCAGACUUAACUGACCCCAUCAAAUAUUAAAGCUAGCUGGUCCUGCGCUCCUUUUCCUGACCUGCCCCAGGCGAUUUGAGCCCCGGGCCUCAGUUUCCCCUUGCGAUAAUGGCGAUGCUGUUGCCCUCCUUGGUCAAGUGCUUUGAGAUCGACCGGUGCAAAGCGCUAGCUAACAGCUGGCCAGUACAUCACCGCAGUCCCUGGGAACCUCACGGCAUCGUUAUUAUUUCUGAAGCCGUAAGAGGCCUCAAGUGAGAUCAGGGGCCUGUUGUGCAAGGUGCUGUAUAUGCACAGAGAGUUCCUGCCCUGAAGGGCUUCCACUCUCAAUACACAAGUGGCAGGAGGGGAAACUGAGGCACAACGGGAUGGGGAAGUGACUUGCCCAAGGUGACUGGGGGGGGGUAGAAUCUCUGGGUACCUGGUCCAGUGAGCCAUGCUGUCUCCUCUUGGCUUCAGUGGUGGCUGGGUCUUCUGACUCCCAUCCACACGGCCCCUGCCCACAAGUCCUUCCCUCCGCUCUGGAGUGCAGGUUUCUGUGUCUCCGCAACUACCUCAGGCCUCAGCUGCAGCAGGGCAAAGGCCGAGCCCUGGCCUUGGCUCGGGCAGGUAAACGAAGAAGGGGCUGUUUGCAGUUGCUUUAUUUGCUGAGUUUUUUAUCGUAAGGCAAAACUCCAGCUCCUGUUUCUAACCAGCCUGGCUGCAGUGUGCCCCUGGCAAGCCAGACCCAGGGGAGUCCACGCACAGGCCCCAUGGCCGCCCGUGGAGCUGGGAUGCUUCCAGUUUUGGGUGCCUGACUUGGGAUGCCUGGAGCCUGGUUUCCACGGGGGUGGAGCAUUCACUGCUGUCAGUGUUAGUUCUGACCUCCCCUCCCCCCGAUUUGUCCGUGGCCCCCCUUACUCCGGUGCCAGAGACCCCCCCCAGACUUACUGUAUUUAUCGCAAGUCAGGCACCCCAAAUUUGGGGCCCCUUUGUAAAAAUUUGGGCCUUAAGGUCUUGUUUCUCAAAUGGCCGGAGUUCCCCUUUAAAAGCAGUUGUUCUUAGGGUCUCCCCGGCUGGCCGUCAUGGUGGGGGGGGCAGAGGGAGCCAGGGCGAGACACCCAUUGGGAAGGGGUGAUACCCCCCCAAUUCCAAUGCAGACCUCCUUUGGGAGGGCGCUCUCCAAACUGUCCCUCCCCCGGCCCUUCCUGUACCCCCCUUUCUGUUCCCACCUCCAUUGGGGGAGUGACCCCCAGGUCUCUUGCCAAGAACCCGGUCCACCGGGUGUAUUUCCGUUGGAAGACAGUAGCAAUAACACGGGGGAGAGGGUUUAUGUCCCUUGUUUAAAAAAAUGCCAUCUGUGUAAAGAAGGGAAAACGCCAGGCUCUGAAAUGGGAGCGUUUUGGUGGGGUUGUUUGUGGUUGGUUUUUAAUGUUUUGCUUGAAGGCUUUACAGCCUGGCAGUUAGAUUAUCCAAAGAACUCAUCACCCAGCAGAAUCCUGGCAUGCUGGGCAAGUUGGUUGAUUUGGCCCCCGGGCCUGGGCCCACAAAGUUCUGGUUUGUUUGGGGUGAAUCAGCGCGACUUUUUGCCCCAGGGACUGGUUUGCAUCCGUAGGUGACUGUGGGGUUAUAUGAGAGAAUGGGGCUGUGGGGGGUAAGUUUGUUUCCCUGUGUCUGUAUGCAGGUGUGUGUGUGUGUGUCUGUCCCUGUGAGUUUGUGUCUCUGUGUCUGUACCCACGGGGGCGUGUUUGUGUAUGUGUGUGUGUGUCUGUCAAACAGUUGCCAAUUCUCACCAUUUUAUCACACGGUUUGUUUAUUAGUCAAAUCCCCAGCUCCCGGAGUCAGGUGAUUCUAUGAGACUCUUAGCUUUUUUUCAAGUAAGUGUCUAUCCCUCAUGUUUGUGGGGAAACACCACCUGAAAGGCUCCGACACCUUUUGGCAACUAAAAAUGAUUGGCUUUAAAGUCGUAAGUCGUGCGAUUUUAAAAACAAUCUCCUGAUUUUUUGGGGGGGGGCUGGACUGAUGAUUUUUGAACAGUUGAGGUUGGUGACACUGAGGCCCUCUCCUCCCCCUCCGUGUGUGCGCAUGCGUGAGUACGUGUGCAUGCAAAUGGGCACCAAUGCGUGUGAAUGUCGCUUCUGAUGACAACUCACUCACGUGUUCAUUUUACAUUUGCUCUGCGGGGCUUAGCCAGGGACGGCAGCUAACAGUUUUUACCUUAACCCCUUUUCUAUCCCAAGCUCUGUUUCCUACUGAAGGGUGGGAAUAACUGGAUUUAAAGACGAUGUACCACUGGAUGUGUCACUAAGCGAAUUAUCCUGCACUGUCCCCACCCCCAAGAGAAAUGGACGUGUUCGAUCUCUGAUUUCCACCGGUCUCUCCUAGUCCGCUCCCGGCUCUGAGCGUCUGCAUUAGACUCCUUGAAACACACGUGUUCAUAAUGAUUCGAUGUAACUACUGAGCAACCGCAAGGUGGAAAGUUUUUCCCCCCACCUUCUCUUUUGUUUUUGGUGAGUGGUGAUAGUUCCCCUUCCCCUCCCUGGAACUGUCCGUGUCUUAGACUCGUGUUUGUUAGAGAGCUGAGCGGUGUGGUGUCCGGGUCGGGUCGGCGUUGCCGUGUGCGUGCGUGUUAGAAGCCGGCCAAUUUGGAUGGUUCGUGCUGUGUUUACAGCGUUGGAGCUGCCGUGCUUUAUGGUGGACUCUCUGAGUCUGCGGGGAUCCUGCCAGCCCUCUCUGCGGCCUGGUCCCCUCUGUGACCCUGACCCAAGGGGCGUGUGACGAUUCUGGACCAGCGCUUGGCCAGGUUGUGCUGCGGGGGCAAGAGACCCCCCCACACACACUUCGCCAGGCAGCCUCUUUUUGCAGCAGGACCCACAACGCUCCCACCCAGCAGGUCAAAGGGCCCGAUCCUGGGAUCUGCGGGCGGGAGGCGCUUGCCCCUCCAUGGGGUCGAGGGGGGCUGGCGAGAGGGGCUUAGCCUCUGGCAGCAUUGGGUCCUGGAAGAGGGAGGGGUCAUUGGUCUGAAAUGCCCCUUCUGAUGGGAGUGCCAUGCCAAGAUGGCUGGUUUGGUAUGGGACGGGGGCGCCCAGUCCAUAAUGCAUAUGACAUCAGGCCUGAUUGCUCCCCCAAAAGGACCAUUUUUAGGGCUAUGGGGUAAGGGCAGGAGGGGAAGUUACACAGGUGCCCCCCCCCCCGAAUGCUUCCAGCCCAGGCAGGCUGAGGGCCCUGGCUUGGGUGUAGAUGCCCCUGUGAGAACAUGUUUCUCUCCGGGGUGGGCAUGGCCCCGUGGUGCUUUCUGCCAGGCUGUGCCUCGUGGACAGGCCGGGCGCCACUCGUUCCCUGUAGCCGUGGGCUGUGAUGGGCUUGGCCAGCAAUGGCGUUUUACACCAGGGGAGGAGCUGGCCCCUCAUUUAAAAUGUUAAGUCCCCACGGCCUCCCCUGUCUGUCUGUCCCUUCUCGUCUGAUUGAGUGAACGACAGCGACUUUUUUGUACUGACUCUUUUCUAUUCCGAGUUACUUUCUGAGCUGUGUUGUUCGACGCUCGGAGCCCUGAUGGUGUACGUUUCUUUUACGGUCGUGUGAGCUGAUCCAAUGUACCUGCCAGUGAACGACUCCUUUUGUUACUUUUCAGUUACUUUUAUUAAAUUUAAAAAAACCCAAA